AUGGUAGCGGGAGGCACGGCUGUCGUCUCUCUUUCCGCUCCCUUCUCCGCGAAUCCGUCCGCGUGGGAGCAGCACAACCAGGCGCAGCUUCCGCCGUUCUCCGCCGCUCCUUCCGCCAUUCCCUCCGCCAUUCCUUCUGCCACUCCUUCCGCGGACCCUUUCUCAUCCGCUUCCGCCAAACCUAGCGCAUCCGCGGAAAUGGAUUUCCGCCCAGCCCCGCCAAUGCGCUCAUCAAGUGAGGGCAGCGGCGCAGUUCCCGCAGAUCGUUCCGCUUCCGCAGGAGUCGGUCUUUGCGCGGACGCGGAAUGCGCACGGGGAGGGGGUCUACACCGCGGAGACACGGGCGGAGCAUGCCGCGGAGCCGGCGGCGGAGCAUGCGGCGGAGUAGAAAGUCGUUCCGCGGAAAUCACUUCCGCGGCGGACACCUCCGCGGCGGAUACUGGCGAUGCGCAGCUGAUAUUUUACGUGGGGUUGGCGCACCGGGGGGUUGUGCUGGCGGAUUACGGGAAGCAGAGGAAACUUCUGCGUAGCCUCGUCGCGUCAGCGCUCCUCGAGAUUCCGCGCCACGUCAGCAGAUUCUCCAUGGGUUACGGUCGCACCAACGUCCUGUUCGCCGUCGACCAAUCAGGGCUCGCCACGUUUGCAGUUGCUGACGGGGCGCUGGACCGUCCGCGCGCCUACUCCAUCCUGGACAGCAUCCGAUGUGCUUAUAUCGAGCUCUGCUCGCUCUCCGUUUCCCGCUCCCCCUCCUCCCCGCGCGCCACUCUCCGCUCCGCCUCCACGCUUCCCCCUUCCGCUCGCCGCCCCUUUUCCCCAAUCUCCGCGCGUCCUCCCCCCUCCCCCCCGCUCCCCGCGUCGCCUCCCCCGGACACCCCUCCGCGCCCCGCCACCGCGGAUCCCGCGUCGCUCCGCGCGUUCGCCAGGCGACUGGCCGGCGGCGUGGGCCAGGUCAGCAGCUCGAGCCGUGUCAGCAGCGGCGCUUGCCACGUCAGCGGCAGCGGGCACUGCCACAGGCUGAGUCACAGCAGUCGUGGGGGCAGCGGGCGCAGGGAAACGCAGAGCGGAGGGAGGGGGGGUACUGUUGAUGCUAGCAGCGGGGGCAGAGUGGACAGUGGGUGUAACGGGAACACUGGUAGCGAUGGUAACAGUAACAGUUGCAAUAGCAACGGGACGAUUCGCGAAAGGGGAGAUUCCGGGACCGUGAUUGGAAAGCACGAGGAAGGGACGACUGGAAAUUCGCUACUGCUGAAGCAGAGCAGCGAAGGAGGAUCCGCUAACUAUAACGAGGAUGCAUCCACUCCUUCUAGCGCGGGUAAAACCGCUCCUACCAUUAACGGGCGCGGGGGCGCGCCCGUCUUCCUGCGCUCGCGAUCCGCGCGCCACGCGCACGUGAUUGUGCACGAGGCGCUCGAGCCGCGCCUGGAGGUGAUUGUAUGGAGCGUGCGCGGGAGAUUAAAGCCCAAGGAGCGGCUCGAGUGCUACCCGGACGCGCCUCGGGCGUAUCUGGGGGGAUUGGGGGAGCGGGGGGGCGGAGGAUGA